CCUAUGCUGGAGAUUUAAAUAAUCCUUUAGAGCAUUGCUGAGAGUACCAGAGGCUUUGGCAGACAGAGGAAAACCUACCAAAGAGAAUGAACAAGCUGCAGAGACUGCUUCAGAGCAAGAUCCUGAUCCUGACAAUAUGUGCCACUGGGAUUGGAGGCACUUUCCAAUAUGGUUACAACAUCUCCAUCAUCAAUGCUCCAACUUCAUACAUCCAGACAUUCAUGAACGAAACCUGGCUGGAGCGCACAGGCGUCCCCCUUGAGAGCAAUGUGAUCCUGCUGCUGUGGUCUUUCACUGUCUCUGCGUACCCUUUGGGAGGACUCAUUGGGGCUGUUGUUGCUGGUCCCAUGGCCAUCAUGUUAGGAAGGAAGAUGUCCCUGCUGCUGAACAAUGUCUUUGUGAUCAUAGCCGCAGUCUUGUCAGGAUUCAGCCGAAUGGCAAAAUCUUUUGAAAUGAUUAUGCUCAGCAGAUUUUUUACUGGUGUGAAUGCAGGUGUGAGCAUGAACAUUCAGCCCAUGUAUCUGGCAGAAAGUGCCCCAAAGAAGCUCAGAGGAGCUGUGGCCUUGACCUCUGCAUCAUUUACAGCCCUGGGGUUGGUGCUGGGGCAGGUUGUUGGACUCAGAGAGCUACUAGGUGGGGAGGAGAGCUGGCCAUUCCUUUUAGCUAGCAAUGUGGUUCCUGCCCUGAUCCAGCUCACGGCUCUGCCUUGGUUCCCUGAAAGUCCCAGAUACCUCUUGAUUGACCGUGGAGAUAAAGAAUCCUGUGUAUCUGCCCUGCAGAAGCUCAGAGGCAACAGUGACCUGAGUGUAGAGCUGGAAGAGAUGCUAGCUGAACAGGCGGCUGUUAAAGGUCAGAGAGCGAAGAACCCUUGGGAGCUCUUCCAAAAUCCAGCUUUGAGGUGUCAGCUGAUGAGUAUUGUUGUACUGAGCAGUGCCAUGCAGCUCUGCGGGAACGAUUCGAUGUAUUUUUAUGCAGCGUAUGUGUUCCAAGAGGCUGGAAUUCCUCAGGACAAAAUCCCAUAUGUUAUAAUCGGCACGGGGAGCUGUGAACUGAUUACAUCUGUCACUUGUAACAUGAUUAUAGACUAUGCUGGUCGGAGGCCACUGCUCCUGGGGGGAUAUAUCUUCAUGGCAGGAUGGGCCAUUGUCUUCAUGGUUGCUUUGAGCCAGCAGGCUCAGAUUAGCUGGAUGCCUUAUCUCAGCAUGGCCUGCAUUUUCGCCUAUAUCCUGAGCUUUGGAAUCGGACCAGCUGGUGUAACAGGAGUUCUGCCCACAGAGGUUUUUGAUCAAAUGUCCCGGCCAGCUGCUUACAUGAUCUGUGGCUCUCUGCUCUGGUUCAACCUAUUUCUGGUCGGAACAGCCUUUCCAUUCAUUGUGAAAAGUCUAGCACAUUUCUGCUAUGUUCCAUUCCUUGUGGUCUGCGUCUGCACUGCUCUCUACGUUGGGUUUUUCCUUCCUGAGACAAAGGGAAAGUCCUUCCUGGAAAUCGCAGAGGAGUUCAAGAAACAAAACUUCAAAGCUCAGACCCAUGCAGUUUUUUAUAAAGGCCCUGAAGAGAUCAAAUCCACCAUGUUGUAGCAGAAGAAGAGAUGGUAUCUGGGGGAAAUUCAGCAGUGACUAUGCUCUCUUGCAGAGACAAAAAGAGAGAAGUAGGGUUAGGGACAACAGAUUGUUCUUAGAUUC